AUGCAUCACCAUAAACAUAAUACAAACCAUCAUCAUACAUUGGUGUCUCAGCGCAGCAGCGGGUCAGGCUCGGGAUCAGGCAGCGCAGUCGGCUCGUCGUCGUCGCCGUCGCCGCCGUCGUCGUCGCCCUCUCCGUCGGGCGAGCGACCCCCCACGCCGCCGCCGCCCGCCCCGCAGCCCUGCGCGUACAUCUACCGCAACUAG